CAGUAAAUAUUUGUAUUAGCCGGAGCCGGCUCGCUAAUGGUGGACGCGUGAGGCGAAGGAGCGCGGCGGCGGCCGGGGCGGCGGGUGGCGCCAUGUCCGUGAACAUGGACGAGCUCAAACACCAGGUCAUGAUCAACCAGUUCGUUCUGACGGCGGGCUGCGCGGCCGACCAGGCGAAGCAGCUGCUGCAGGCGGCCCACUGGCAGUUCGAGACGGCCCUCAGCGCCUUUUUCCAGGAGACCAACAUUCCCUACAGCCACCACCACCACCAGAUGAUGUGCACUCCUGCCAACACCCCUGCCACACCCCCCAACUUCCCGGACGCCCUCACCAUGUUCUCCCGUCUCAAGGCUUCUGAGAGUUUCCACGGUGGUGGCAGUGGCAGCCCCAUGGCCACCGCGGCCACAUCGCCCCCGCCACACUUCCCCCAUGCUGCCACCACCAACUUCGCCGCACCCAGCUGGCCAGUGGCGGCCUCGCCCCCAGGGGGAUCACAGCACCACCUGCCACAGCAGCCGCCCCCGUGGACUCCGGCACCCCCUUCCCCUGUGUCAGACUGGCCGCCCCUGGCCCCCCAGCAGGCCACUUCAGAAGCGAGGGCCCACCCCGCCAUGGAGGCCGAGAGAUAAGGGAGGCCCCUCCCCCCUCCCCGAGGCCAGGACCCCGUGGGGCGGGGGAGAGGACGUCUCCAUGGGCCCCCCUCACCCUCCUCUGUCUGCACCCCCGUUCCCUGGAGCCCUGGAGGGGAGACUGGACCCUCGCAUCAGCACAUGGGCUGCCCCCGCACGUUCGCGGAAGCAUGGAUUUGGUUCAGAGUCAGCUGGGUGCUGGGGAGCAGAACUUCAGAGACCGAGCUGCCCUCCCCAGAAGACUCCUCCCAGGGGGCCGUGGAGGGCGGCCACGGCGGCGGAGAGGCUGCCCCACGCAGCGCCUCGGGGCACGCGGGCAUGGAUCCCCACGCUCGGGAAUGCAGAGCCUUCUCCGCAUGCGUGUGUGUAGCGGUGUCUGUGUAUUUAUAUGUACGUUGCUCUUCAAGAAGCAACCUAGUUGAUGGGGCAGCUGGACUUUGCAUGUGAGAGUGAGCCCCAAGCCCCUCGCCCACUGCCCCCCGCCCAGGGCCCUGCCCCUCUUCCCCACCCCCUCAUCAGCUCGCAUUGCUCUUCCCUGCAGAGAAAAGGAUUGUGGGAAACUCCAGGACUCUUCCCACCCCGCCCCAGCGCCUGCCUGCUGGGGCCGCCUGCAUGCCUCCCCCAGAGCCCAGGGGUACCUCAUACCCAUUUCAUUUCCCCCUUUUAACAACAGAGAAGAAAGUUCCAAACCACCA